CUUUGAAGCGGUCUUUUGCAGCAGAUUUGCCCAGCGUAAUGCGUCUUUUGGUUUCUUGACUGCUGCUUCCAUGGCUGCUGUUUGUGGAUCUGAGUAAAAUGGAAUCCUUGACAAGUCCAAUCUUUUCCCCCAUUUAUCAUGGUGUUGCUUAUUGGUCCAGUUGUGAGGAUUUUUGAUUUCUUUAUGUUGAGGUAUACUCCUUACUGAAGGCUGUGGUCUUUGAUCUUCAUCAGUAACUGCUUCAGGUCCUCUUCACUUUCAGCAAGCAAGGUAGUGUCAUCUGCAUAAUGCAGGUUGUUAAUGAUUCUUCCUCCAAUCUUGAUGCCCCGUUCUUUUUCAUAUAGCCCAGCUGUUCUGUUUACUGUAAUUUAAGGUUUAUUAGCAAAAAGCCAAAUUGUCUUAGUAUGUAAAGAACUUUAUGAAAGUUUAGAUUGGCUUUGUUUAUCAACAGACUAUUGAGUAUCUAACGUUAAAUGCUCUAGAAAUUUUGUAUUUGGGAGACAUUUGGAGACUGGUUGUACUAUAAUAUGUAUUUAAUUAUACUUAUUUGAUAGGAAGAUGACUGUAAUAGUGGUAUAGACACGUGUGUCUUACUAAUUUUAAGAGCUUUGUCCUAAAUUUUAUAAAAUGAAGUAGCUUUACGAGUACUGUGAAAAGGAAUUGACACUAUUUAAGUGCCUGAAUGGCUUUCUGUGUCAACAUUUCUCUAGUAGUUAAAACAGAGAGGCAGAUCAAAAACAGAUGAAAUAAAAAAUAAGAAUGCAAAAUAGCUAGCAAGGAGAGACUUAGAUUUCUUAGAGCCAGAAAUAAAUCAGUGAAAAAAUUAAUUUUCUGAGUUCCAGUCAGGAGUAUUUACUUCAUAUUAAGGUAUAUUGCAAAAUAUUUUUAAAACAUCACUGUUCUUUUCUUUUGUAACCAGUUUGCUCUAAUGACAUUUGUUUAUUGAUAAUUUAUAUAUUUCUAGCCCUUUGUUUUAUUUUCCCCUAUUGCAGGAUUAGGGGCAGUGGCAGUGGCAGUGCCUUCCACACAGGAGACCCAGAUUUGGUUCCUGACCGAUACACCCCACGUGCAGCCGUCACUCAUCUGUCAGUAGAGGCUUGCGUGUUGCUAUGGUGGCGAACACAUUUCAGCGGAACUUCCUGACUAAGAUGAGCUAGAAAAAAGGGCUGGCGAUCUGCUCCCGAAAACCAGUCAGUGAAAACCCCAUGGCUAACAGUGGUCUGGUCCACAGCCAGUCACGGGGAUGGCACAGGAUCGGGCAGCCUUUUGUUCUGUUCUGUGUGGGGUCACUGAGAAUCGUGUGUCAGCUCCAUGGAAGCUAACAAUUACAGGGUUGACCACAUUGUAUUACAAAUUAUCUGUUUACCUUUCAGUUUUUACCAUUUAAGUUUUUUCCAGCAUUAGUAUAAUGCCUUGGCACUGAGCUCUCAGUAAAUGUUUGUGAAUGAAUGGAUAAAUGAGUGAAUGAAUACACACUCUACUAAAGGUCUACUAAAGCUAGUAAACUUGGUGCUUUUGGAAGUAAAUGAGUUUUGAGAUUCCAGAGUACUGAUUAUGUUCAAAUGUCUUUUCUAAGUAGUACCAGUACCUUGACAUUUUCAAAAAAGCAUUCCACUCGUAGAGAGUUCACCCAUACAUAGCAACAUUACUAACCCAAGGUCAGGGAAGCAUACCCUUUGCUUUUUGUUUUUGUUCUUUUUUUCCUAGUGGUAAUGGAUUUACACAAAUUCAUGUAAACUUUGGCCCAGACUUCCUGUGUCCAACAGAGCACCAAUUGCAAAUGGUAGCCUGGGCUUGGAGAUUAGUCUAAAUGUAGUAGCAUGUCUCAUGCCAUACCCAUUGCCAUUGAGUCGAUUCCAACUUAUAGGGGCCGUAUAGGUCACGGCAGAGUAGAAUGUUGUGUAAGGUUUCCAAGGCUGUAACCUUUAAGGAAGCUGACUGCCACAUCUCCUCGCGCAAAGUGGCUGGUGUAUUUGAACUGUCAACCUUUCUGUUAGCAGGUGAGCACUUAACCACUGCAUUACCAGGGCUGUUUAGCAUGUCUCAUAGGAAAUUCUUUGCCUGCUUUUAAAAGAAAGAAAUGUUCAUCUGUUUGCAACCUAGUCCUUCUCACAGUUUUCAAGUAGACAGAAAUAUAGGCCAUGUUUCUUGUCAGUAGUAAUUAUACUUACAAAAGCAUUUUCGUGUACCUUUUCUUCUUUGAGCUUUACAAGAUGAAUAUACCCUGAACCUUUACUAUUCCAAUGCCUAUUUAAAUGCCAGGAGAAUAUUUUUAAAGCCGUACUGUUAUUUCCAAAUCCCUUUUGUGUGUGUUUGUGUUAGUUCAUGACAAAUUAAUAAAGUUAAUAGGAAGAAUAGAAGGCCUUGGUGGUUCAGUGGUAGAAUUUCUCACCUUCCAUCCAUGAAUUGGGCAGCUAACAACAACAUGAGAAUGGCUUUCUGUAAUCUGAAUAGGUGUGGGAUGGUUUAAAAAAAACCUGUUGCUGUCAAGUCGAUUCCAACUCAUAGCGACCCUAUAGGACAGAGUAGAACUGCCCGAUAGAGUUUCCAGGGAGCACCUGGUGGAUUCAAACUGCCAACUUUUUGGUUAGCAGCCGUAGCACUUAACCACUAUGCCAGCAGGGUUUCCCAUGUAGGUUUAGCAGAGUAUAUUUUUACAUAUGUAUUUGUAUGUGCUACAAGAUAUCCAUGUAUAUAGUAGAGCAUACAGGGGGGCAAAGUUAUGAUAACUCUUUAGCCAUAACCAAACACGCUGAGGGACUAAGUCACUGGGCUUGAGGGCUCAGGACCAUAGUCUCGGGGGCCAUCUAGGUCAAUUAGCGUAACAUAGUGCAUAAAGACAGUGUUCUACAACCUACUUUGGUGAGUAGCAACUGGGGUUAAAAGCUUAUGAGCGGCCAUCUAAGAUGCAACUAUUGGCCUCUUCCCGUCUAGAACAAAGAAGAGUGAAGGAAAACAAAUCAAAGACUCAAGGAAACAAUUAGUCCAAAGGACUAAUGGACCACACAAACCACAGCCUUUACUAGCUUGAGACCAGAACUAGAUGGUGCCUGACUACCACGACCAACCACUCUGAUCAAGACCACAAUAGAAAGUCCUGAACAGAGUUCAUACUCAUUAAAAAGACCAGACUCACUGGUGUGAUAGAGACUGACUGGUGGAACCCCUAAGACUAUGGCCCUUAGACACUCUUCACACCUGGGACUGAACCUACUCCUGGAGAUCACCUUUCAGCCAAACAACAGGCAGGCUGAUAAAGUGAACAGUAACACCUGUGAGGAAUGUGGUCCUCAGAACAAUCACCCAUGUGAGACCCAAAAGGCAGGAUUUGCCCAAAAACAAAGUUCAGAAGCAGGAAGGGGCAGGAAAGAUGGGUGAAUGGAAAUGGGGAAGCCAGGGAGGAAGUAGGUAGAGUACUGUCACGUUGAGGGGAUUGCAGCUAAUGUCAAGAAACAAAGUGUGUAUAAAUUGUUGAAUGGGAAAUUAAUUUGCUCUAUAAACUUUCACCCAAACCACAAUAAAAUGUUCAAAAAAAAAAAAGUCACCCCAAUUUGUAAAUCAUGUAUUAAAUAAACUUCUGUCGAUUUUUAUUAUUGGUGUAAUAUAUUUUUAUUUUAACAAGCUUGAUGAGGAAGAAUGACUUAGACAAAGAAUUAAGAAACUUGAGCGCUAGGAAAGAUUAGAUAGCCUUUGAGGGGCAAUGAGUUUAUGUUAAUGGGGUAAGGACAACUCAGAAGGGUGAGAAUUGUUGCACAGCUUGAAGAAUGUAAUCAGUGUCAAUGAACUGUACAUGUAAAAACUGUUAAGUUGGCAUAUGUUUUGCUGUGUAUAUUCUCAACAAAAAAGUGAAAUAAAAAUUAAAUUAUAUAUUUAAAAAAAUGACUUUCUCUGAGAUUGUUGACACCAGCAUAGGAAGAAUGUAAAUUGUUCAGUGCUUUGUUUUAGGCAUCAUGGGGAGUAAAGAAGGGGGUCUGUAUAAAUUAAUCCUUAUUCUAGUAGGAGAGAAUAAUAUGUAGACAACUCAUUCAGAGGUACCUACAUCACAUGGUUAUUGGGUGCCUUAAAUUAGUGAUUCAAUCGUAAAUCACUUGGUCUACAGCUUAGCACAUAAAUGCUUAACAAAUGGUAGCUUUUAAUAGAAAAUUUGUUGUUACAAAAUUAGUAUAAAAAUACUAAACUUAAAACUAUAAUAAUUAUUACUCUUACAAGUUUUCAUUUGACUUUCUUGAUACCCGUUCUUUCCUACAUUUUAUCUAACUUUUCUGACUCCUUUGUUGUAAGUUCUUGGUGCUCGAGUAUCCUCUUUUCCUGCUUUGCCUUUUUUCCAUUAUUCCCUAGCUCAGUGAGCGUCACCAUCUUCUACUGAAAUUCAGUACAAUAUAACUCUAUAAAAUCUCUUGGGUCUCUUGGGGAGGAAAGUGACAUACAUGAUCCGUGUUUUAGAAAGCUAGUAAGUUUGUUACUGCUAUGAAAUAUAGCUUCGAAAGGCUUCAGGUGCCUAAACCAGGAUCUUGUAGUGGGACUAGAGAGAGGAUGAAGGCAAGAGAUUUUUGUAGGAGUGAUAAGUAGAAUUUUGCCACUGAUUUUAUGUGGAGAAGAAAGCAAGAAUUGAAGACCCUGAGAUUUCUAGCUUCGGAAUCUUGCUAUUAAUAAUUAAUACAGAAAUACAUUAUUAGAUACAAAGCAGUGAGUUGCGUUUUACACCAGUUGACUUUAGGUUGCUAGUGUGGCUGGGUCAGGCUAUUUACUUGUUAGAGUUUCCUUCCUCCCCUCUCCCUUUCUCUCUUGCUCUCUCUCAGUUCCAGUUAUUAGUCUGAAAACUUCUAUUUAGGAAAAGUAAUUUCUUUUUGGUCACAAUCAGUAGUAGAGGUUGAAAUGUGUGGAGAGCAAUUCCUUGUUUCCUAUCCACAUUCCCAUUAUCCUCCACUUUUGGUCCCCCCGCCCCCUGGUGAAAAAGGCUAUGUGGAGUAAUAUUUACCAUCAUCAUUAUUGCUGCCCCACCUCUAGGGUACUGGUAGAUGUGUUUUUAUAUUUUUACAUGAAAUGAAUAAGGUAACUUGGCAGAGCACUUUGAAUAAAAACAAAGCUUCAUGAAGUGUUUGUGAUUAAAAUAUUAAUCAGUGAGUAGAGUGGCACCUCAUUCAUCUAGCAUCAUCAGAUAAUAAGAAUUCUACAUAAGAUAACUUUCUAAACAAUUAAAGCUUUGCAUUUAAGCUUCACAUGUAUCUCUUUAUAAUGUUUUAUAUGAUUUGUUGCCUUCUGAAAUAGAGAACCCCACACAUACUUAUCCUUUUUUGGAAGAUAAGAACAGCUGCUUGUUUCAGAGCUUCAGAAUGGGAGUCAGGAGCCCCAGAUUCUAGUCCAGAUUCUGACACUGAGUAGUUAAACUGUUUGAGAUAUUUUGUUUUCAGCAUUGAAUCCCUAGCACCUAGAACAGUGCCUGGCACAAAGUAGGUGCUUAGUAAAUAUUUUUGGAAUGAGUCAUUAUUUUUAUGUCUACUGUAGCACUCCUUUUCUCAUUUGUUACUUGUAAUUCAUUGCUACCUAAUAAAUCAGCUCCCAAGAUUUGAAUAUAAUAGGCUUCAGACUAAGGCGAACUAUACGCUUAAUUUAUAAUGUCCGUUUGGGCUGCUUAGUGGCAUUUCUGGCCUUCUCUUUAGAUACUUUCUGGUGCUUAAAGUUGCCAGACAGUUUUACAGUACGUGAUUUACUGAUUAUUGAGUUGUUGUUGUUGUUAGGUGCCAUCAGGUCGGUUCUGACUCACAGUGACCCUAUGUGUAAAGAAAGAAACAUUGCCCGGUCCUGUACCAUCAUCGUAAUGAGUAGGUAUGUUUGAGCCCAUUGUUGCAGCCACUUUGUCAGUCCAUCUUGUUGAGGGGCUUCCUCUUUUUCCCUGACCCUCUACUGUACCAAGCAUGAUGUUCUUCUCCAGGGAUUGGUCCUUCCUGAGAACAUUAUUAUUGAGAACAGUUUCUUUACUGAGCACAUUUUAUGUCCGUGUAUUUUGUGUAAGCAGUGUCCUAUAUGUAAGUACUUGGCCCAUCCAUGUUCCCAGAGAUCUCAUAACUUAGAUGAAGAGGCACAGAAGUAGAACUAUAAGAAAACAAAUGUUGAGUCAUAAAGCAUUGGCCCACAUAUACAUUAGGAGUUCUAGGAAUAGAGAGAUCUCUGUGACUUCAAGAAGGAGAUAAAACCUGAAUUGGCUUUGAAAAGCAUUGAGGUCGAGAAAUGACACUCUAAGCAAGGGCAAUAACAGGGAAAGAAACCAGGUUGAACAUGUUCAGACAAGCCUGACUGGAUUCCUGUGGGUGCCGGGAGUAGCGGGCAAUAAAAGUAGAUGGAUUUUAACCUAAGGUCUGCAACCUUGAAGGAGUCUGAGGAUGGAGUUAGAGGGAUCUGUGCAUUCAGAUGAGAGAUAUAUUACUUCUUUAUUUUCCCUAACUUCUUACUGAAAUUUAGCAUUUCCUUCCAUUAUGAUUGUAAGCAAUAAACCACCACAGUAAUGUUAGCAGUACCUGUGACUUGGUUGUUGUUGUUAGGUGCCGUCUAGUCAGUUCCAACUCAUAGCAACCGUGUGUACGACAGAAUGAAACACUGCUCGGUCCUGUGCCAUCCUCACAAUCAUUGCUAUGUUUGAGUCCAUUGUUGCAGCCACUGUGUGACUUCUUACUUGUAGAAAAAUUGCAGAUUUUUCAUAUUACACUACAGUUAUGAAAAAAAAAAUACCCCUAUAAUUACACAUAUUACUAUUUCAAAAUUAUGGUUGUUAUUGGACUACCCUGCUAGAUUUUGUUAUGUUAAAUGUGAUAUUUUAAUAUAUCACAAAUACAGGUUUUAAGAAAAUAUUUGGUAACUAUAUUUCAGUAUAACUAGUUUUCUUUGUAAUCCUAUGUAUUUUAUGCAUUUAAAACCAUUCUGGGGCAAUCUGUAGCUUUCUCCCAGACUGUAGCUUUCACUUUGACAGCAAAAAAAUAAAAAAGCAACAACGGAGAGUAGAGGGGGAGCUAAGAACCUUGAUCUAGUGGAAGCAAAUUGAAGACGGCCUUGAAAACCAUACUGAAGAGUUUUAGUUGAGCUAAUAAUCAGGAAAGGAUCCUAGUAGAUUUUGUUUGUUUUGUUUUAAUUACAGAAUAAGUAUAAAUUAAUUUAGGAAAUCUUUAAGUUUCAAUAGGUUAAAAAAGGGAGGCACUCUUGGCUCAUAACUAUAGCUAAACUAAGGUUUAAAAAGGUAAGAAAAAUUCACCUGUAAUCCUACAACUACUGCUUUUAACCUUUUAAUGUGUAUCUGUGCCAGUUUUAAUAAGUUCUUACGCAAAGGGUGAAAUAUUUAAGGUGGCUAUGUAGGAACAUUUUUUUUUUAUAUAUAUAGGAACAUUUCUUAGUCUUUUGUGCUAUAUUUAAUAGCUUGUAGUGGAAGACCUUGGUAACAGUGAGUUAAAGCAAUGGGUCUGGCAAUUUAGAUGUUGGAUGAUCAGGGAUAGCGUGCGUGGUAGCAGUAGGGAUGGAAUUGGUGUUAGUUACCAUCAACUUGAUUCCUACUCAUGGUGACCCCGUGUGUGUGUAGAAUAGAACUGCUCCAUAAGGUUUUCAAGGCCGUGACCUUUCAGAAGCAGAUCGCCGGGCCUGUCCUCUGAGGCACCUCUGGUGGAUUUGAACCACCAUCCUUUUGGCUAGUAGUCAAGCGCUUAACCGUUUGUGCCACUGAGGGACUCCUGGGAAUGAAGUAUAAUUGGCAAUUCUAAGAGAUAUUUAUUUGGAAAGAAGAAAUUCUAAGACUUGAUGACAAAUAUGGGGUCCGAAAUGCUUAAAGUGUUGUAGGGGCGAGUAUCAGGAAGAAAGUUAGGAUAAGAAUGGGUCCCUAAGUUAGGAUUCUUGGAAUAUUUUAUAAGCCGAAAUACCUUAUCUGAAAUCCUGGGGCCAGGUAUGUUUUGAAAUUCAAAAUUUUUUGGAUGAUAGAAAGAUAACAUGAUUUUAUACAUGUAAUAUCCCAAGCAAGGUCUGAGGCACCAACCUGUAAUUAAAAACACUAAUAUUUGUGCAGUGAAAUGUGGAAAUAAUCACAGUAAAUGGGCUAAAUAAAGCCUAUAAAUAGCCUCGCAUCAGUUCAAGUAAGAUUUUUGUUACCAGAUGACUUUUGACAUGAAAAUUCAUGAAAAAAUCUUUUCAGAACUUUGUAGACUUCAGAACUAUCUACUGACUGGAACAUCCAGUGAGUAGAGGCUUAGGAAUUGUAUGAGAUUUGAAGGAGUUGGGAAAGGUCAAGGCACAGGAAGAGUUAAGGUAACUUCAGUCUUCAGGCUAAAGAGAGUGUUGCUAUUGGUGACAGAAACGGAGAAGUUGAGGGAGGCUAGUUUAAGGAAGAGUUUAAUUUUAAACAUAAGUACUUAUAAGAGGAAAAAACCUCUUUUGCUUCACAUUAGACUCCAUCUUAUUUUUCGUGUAUUCUGUAUCGUGGUUAAAUCAGCUUAAAAAUUCCAAAAGCUUGAAAUGUUGGAGUAAAAAUUUUCCUUUUAAAAUGAGCGCUUAAUUUUCAGCAAUUAUUAAGGAACCUACAGACUCAGAUGUUGAGAUCUUAAAGUACAUGUUGGUUGUGAGUGGAUGGAAAGGUAUUCCUAGAUAAAUAAUUGUCUCUGAAACAAAGUAUAUUUAUAUAUCAUAAACCUUAUUUAUAUGCUUAUAUAGUUAGAAGUAGUAAUUGUUGCACCAGCAGUGGUAGCUAACGUGUUAGCAGUAGUUACUAAUGUGUUUUGAAUACUUAUCAUGCGCGGGGUACUGUUCUAAGUGCUCUACAAAAGGUGAUGUUAGACUAGGUCAUGAAUGACCCCAACCCAGGUGGGAAGCAUUAGCAUAGGCAUGGUGUGAUUUUGAGUUCCAGUUCACUUUGAUAAUCUAGAAUAGAGAUAACUAAUGCACGAAUAUAUAGGAUUGGGUAGGUUUUGACUUUAUUGCCAUUCUGUGAUUUUUUUUUUUUAAUCCACUGUGAUAAAUGGACUCAUACAUUGAAAUGGUCAUAUAAGUAAAAUCUCUUAGAAAUAGGAGCAACUCUUUAACAAAAAUGAAGCAAGGCCCAAUAAUUACUCUAAAAUUUGUUUAAUUUGUAAUUACUGUACAUAAAUGUACAGUAAUUAUAAAUUACUGUACAUUUAUUAGUUUUAUGAGUCAUAAGUAAUAUGGAGACGAGCUUUGUCUUUAUUAAACUUGUAUUUGAAUUCUGCUACUGACUUGUAUGGUUUGAACUUUUAAGUUUUUCUUUUAUUAAUUUAAGGAUGUUGGACUAGAUGAUCUGUAAAGGUCCUUUCAGCAUCAGAUUCUGAUUCUGAGUGUUUAAGUUUCAUCAAAUAGAAUUGAAAAUUUAAAUUAAAAUUUAAAGGAGAUUCUCCUUAGAUUGUGCUAUAAAUGUAGAUAAGAUGCCAGAAGAACAAGUGAAAGAAUGAAUGUCGUAACUUUGCGCCUAUGCCAUUUGACAGACGCUGUUGUAAAGAAACUUAGAAAUAAGGAACCUAGGGAACUAGAAGAAUGCACAGUGUUGACCAGAAAAGGAGUUUUCAAGAAGAGAAGGAUCAGCAGUGUCAAGCUAGUACAAAAGAGAGGAAGGAACUCUGGACCAGGAGCAAGAAAGCCAUGAGUACAUUUCUGGCCCUAACUCUGCUGCUUAUUGGAGGUUUGAUAAUCAAUAAAUUAGUUAAUUAUCUGAACCUUGCAAAAUGGUAGCAAUAACUAGAGCCUUCCUCAGUGGUUUUUCAUGAGAAUCAAAUGAGGUGAUGAGCUAGAAAGUGCUUCAAAUAUUUUAUGAACAUAAGUUAUUGGGAAGAGGUAGAUGAGGAAUUGAAGAGGUUAUUGGAUAUAGUGAUUUGAAUAAAACUAUUAUCAAGGGAGGUGCCUUGAAAACAGAAUAAAACAAAAUUGGGGGCAUAGAGGUUUGGGGUUCAGUAGAGGUUUGGCAAGGCAUGAAUGGCAAGAGAGAGAUGGCCUAGCAUAGCAUGUGCCUUACAUUGCUAUAGAAGUUUUUUGUGUACAAAAACUGCAUGUUUUAGUUUAGUAUGCCGUUUUUUGUUUGUGUUUCCUACUAGACCGAGAGUGGGUAAAGUGGAAAAACUGCAGCUCAUUCUCUUUAUUUCCUUAGUGCCUUGAAUAAAGUAGUACGUUUUAAUAAAUAACCUUGUGAACAAAUAAGUUGCUGAGUGAUUUUAAGACUUAAUUGGUAAGGAAAAAUUCUGUGCUACGAGUGUGUAAAUGAAUGUGUGUUACAGGUAGGUUAGACUUACGCCUAUUCAUAAGUUAGUGAUUGAAAAGAAAGGAAGAUGGUUUGCCCAGAGAAAUGUGAGAGAAGGGGAUAGGAUCUGGAACCACAAAUGAAAAUGCUAAUCUUACUAAUAAGAGACAAAAAAGCACCAGACCCAGAAGGUUUUACCACUGGAUUUUUUUAAACUUCAGGUACCAGAUAACUUUUAGACCAUGGGGGAAAGAAGAUAAGCUGCCUGAUUAUUUUUACAAAGCCAUCAUGACAUGGUUAAUAAAAUAUGAAAGAGUAAAAGAGACUACAGACCAAUCUCACAAAAAUUGGUGUAAAAAAUGCGUGAUAAAAUUAUCAGAUGGAAUCUAGCAUUACAUGAACAGAAUAAUACUGUGACCAAGUAGGAUUCAUUCUAGGAAUGUAAUGAUAAAAAAAAAAAGUAUUAAUUCAUAUUAGUAGGUAGUGGUGAGGUGUUAAUAUCUGAGGAUACCAAAAAGGAAAAAAAAAGUCAACAUUUAUUGCCAGUAAGAAUCCUUAAACAGGAAAUUAUAUACCUAAGAUUUUGUAUAGCUGACUACAAGCCAGCAUUUUGUUACUAGAAAUGGUAAAAUGCUAGAAUUCCUAUUUUAGUAUUUAGUAAAAUACGGAAUUCUUAUUAAAAAGUCAUGAAAUCUAAAAAGGUCUGGCCAAGUGUUACUGUUACAUAAUAUUGUCUUGGAAAUGCUGGCUAAUGCAAUUAAACCAACAAAUGAAAAUAAAAGGUGCAGCUAUUGAAAAGAAGGAGGCAAAUUCAUAAUUACUUGUACUUUUUUUUUCAAUAUUCUGUAACUGGAAAAGCCAAGUGAAUCAACUGAAAAAUUAUCAUGAUUAAUGAGAUUUCAAUAUGAUGUCUAGUUAUAAAAUAAAAAUACAAAAAUUAAUGGCUUACCUAAUGUGUUUUUGUUGAUGAUCUUUAAACUGAAAGCCCUAGCCGUAUUGAUUAGUGAAUAGGAGCUUUUUUUGCCUUCUGGGGACUACAGUGACUUAAUUUAAUCCAUCAUCUGUAAAUUGCAAUCUAUUUUGAAUAAGACAUUUUGCAUGUUAACUUUUUAAAACUGUUUUAAAGUUAUGGCAGUGGAUACAUUUGGAGUGACUAUAAGGAAAUCUUUUUUUUUUUUCUUUGUGGCUUGUGAUAGUUACACACUGUUACUUGGAAAUGCCAGGGAAGGUGUAAUCUGAUCUUUUAGCCAUAUUUGGUAAAUAAUAAUUUUGUGUAGAACCCACUGUUCUAUCAGUAAGAGGGAAAUUAUUACCCAAAUGUAAGGUUUUUUUCCCUUAAGAUAUUUCCUUACUUGAAGACCCAAGUUAUAUCAUGUAUUGAUUGUUCUUAUGUUUUUUUGUAAAACACCAUAUUCCAGGUCUAUAACGUUUUACCAACAGAUGUGUUAACAGAGCAUUUUCUACUUUACUUGAGGGAAAAGAAUUACAUGUCUUCUUAUUUACCAGCAAUUUUCUUUAUAUCCUAAAUGUAAAUUGAUUAUAUUUUUAUUUAUCAUCCACUCUCAUAUAUUUGCUUUGUAACUGUUCUGAAAUCAAUGUCGAUAAAUUAGUUAUAUCCCUUAGGAUAUGACACAUUUGAGUUAUUUUAACGUUUUGAAGCCUGUGACCCAACUGUUGCUUUAGCUUAUGUAAAAAUUAGUAUCAACUUAAGUAUACUUACAUGUUUAGAAAAGAGCAUUGUGUUUCAGUCUUUAGUAAUAAAGAAAAAUAUUGAAUACCUAUUAAAUGCCAGGCUGUUAGUUGAUUUAUAUACAUUUUCUAAUUCUUAUGACAGUCUGGUGAGAUGGAUGGUGAAAUCCCAUUUUAUAGAUGGGAAACUUCUGCAGUUAAUUUUAGACCAAGGCCAUAAUGAAGGCAAAUUUAAACUCAGGUCUGUCUCUCCCAGAACUCUUUUCCUACUACCCGCUGUCACAGUAGGUGGAAAUAAACAUUUUUCCUAGAAACUGCUUUUACUUUAUUUUGCUUUAUUGUGUUGCUUGUUAAUAGAAUUACAGAGAGUGAAAUUCUUUGAAUCUUUGUCUUCAGCUUUUUUGGGAUUUUUUGUUUGUUUUGUUUUUUGGUUCUGUUACACUUGUCACAUUAUCUGCCACCAUUUGAUAGCAACAGAGAAUUCAGUUUGUUUGUCUCUCUGUUUGUUUGUUUUUACUGUUACGAAUUAGUUUCUUAGAGAAACUGUUGAGGGCAGCAGCUUACCAUGGAUAAGGACAUCAUUUCCAGGUCCUGGUAAUCUAAUUAGUGGAACAGUCUUUCAUUCUUAGGAUCCUACCAUUCUCUAGCCUUUAUAGUUGUGCGUGCGUGUGUGUGUGUGUGUGUGUGUGUAGUAUGAACCAAACAAAUUAAAAAAUAAUUGAAUCUAUUUUGGUAAUGGAAAAAAAAAGAAUUUCCAGUGUGGUUAAGAACCACAAUUUAUGAGUGUUCUUUGCCUCCCUCUUUAAGAAAACCAAGUAUUUUCAAAAAUUGGAACUCGAAAUUCAGCUUAAUGCUUAGAUGUAUUUAAAGCAUUUCCUCAGAGACCCCUGAAAGCUGAUCAUAGGAAAUAAGGGGAGCAGGUAGAAGAGAAAUGAGAUGAUGAAAGGAAAGCACAAAAUGGCCUGAAAAUGAUGAGUUUACAAUUCAGAUUUUACCAAUAAACAUGAAUUUUGUUGUUUUUCUGUUAUAGUUAUUCUGUGAUUCCGUAUUGGAUAGUCUGUCAUUAAAAGCCAUUAGAGACUUCAUAAAAGCUACAGGUUCAAUUUCUAGAAUUGGGUAUCCAGAAUAAAGUGGGAUGGAUUAAGAGAAUGAUAUAACUAGUUAAUGUAAAUAGCAUCGUCUGGUAACUUGAGCAACCCUUUUCCCACUUCAGAAUAUUUUAUAUGAGAGGCUUUGGGGACUACCUCACUGCUGUUAGAUCUCAUGAUGUUAUCUAGUCAAGUUUCUUGUCUGCCUACCUCUAGUUUACUCUAGUUUCUCUUCUGCUUUCAAGGCUCCAGACCCAGUUCCUGGACCUGCCCUGGAAAAGAAGUAUCCAGUAGAGAUGAGCUCACUGCAGUUACUUAAUUAAAAAUUUGUAAGCUACAAAAAUGGCAAUGGGCCAACCAAGAACAGCUACAAUUUGAAUUUUUCUAUUUCCAGGUAUGCUAAAAGUCCAUGGCACCAGUCAAGCUUAGCCUAUGUAACUGCGUAUUACUAUGAAAUCCGUAAUAACCAAAACUUCACUUUUAAAACUUGUGGUCAUCUUGCUUUAAAGUAAAAUAACAGCCCUAACAGCUAGGUAACAUGCAGCUAGUAUUGACUUUAACACACCUUUUGCCUAAAUAUUUCAAAUUUAACUUGUUUGCUACUAGUAGCAAACUAAUACAGAACAGUUCAGGAAAAAUAAACUUAAAGUGCUGCUGAGUUAAAUGAUACAAAAAAUACUUUGGUCUUCAUUGAAAAGUAAACUUAACAAUGACAAAACUAUCUUUUUUUUUUAAAAGUCCACAUACAGUACUGUAUAAGUGGUAUAGGAAAUUAGAUGGAGGAAAUUAAUUCUCCUUCCUGAGAACUUUAACUAUUAUUACACCGCAAAUGCUUUCACAUAAAGAGUGAAUAUAAUCUUCAGUAAUUGGAAGUUAUAAGUAAGAUUUUUGGGUAGAACCAAAUAAUGUAGUGUAGUAACUUUUAACUGAAGAAUUUAAUCAUAUUUUAAUUUUUUAAGUAUGGAGCUAAUAUUUGAUAAUUUAUUGCUUAUUGCUCAAAAGAAGCCAGACAAGAAAGUCUUAAGUAGUUGAAAUUGUCCUGGAAUAUAACAGCAAAACUAAAAACAGAGGUUGCCUAAUGCCUUAGAUGUUAACUGAAAGAAAACUCAGGAACGGUUAGAGAGCCAAGGUCAGCUAGCUUUUAAGGACAUUUACUUUUUUUCUAAUUUGUGUAGUUUUAGAAACAAUCUAUAAAAUGUAACUAUUUACUAAAUGGGUAGAUAACCAUACAUGUCUUUUAAUUUUAAAGUUCAAUUCAGAUAGGUUAGAGGUUACCCAAAAUCAAAUGGAGGAAUCUUAUAUCCCAUUUGUGAAUUUAAAAGGUGAUUCUAUUAAUUUAUUCUUAUAUUCCCUCCUCCAGGGUUCAUUCAUAUUAUUUAAUAUCAGCCAAUCUAGCUAGGUCACUGAAUAUUGCCCACAUUUUUUUAUAUUGAAAGUAUUAUCUCUCACUGAGUGUUGAAUUAGGGCUAGAAAAGAAAUCUACUAGUAGAGUUUUAGAAUCAUUACACACUUAGGCAAAUUAAGGGGGAAAUUAAAGAGGAACUGUGUAUUUAUUUAAAAUUUUAUUAUUACCAGUAGUGCUGUUAGUAAUGGUGAAUUUUUUCUGUGUUAUUGAGUGCAAACUGUGUGUAAAACACUGCUAGAAACAGUAGAGAUGCGGAAAUCAGUAAAACCUUGCUUUCAGUGAACUUACAAAUAAUAUGAAAGAUAAAUGCCAAAAUACAGGUGUAAACAAUGUACUUGAGAUUUCUACAGAGAAUCAGCUUUGUGGAGAAGGUAGUAUUUCUACUGAGCCUUAAAAGGUAGGUAGGUUAGAGAGAGUGGCAAGAGCAUUUCUAGGUUAUGGGUAUGAAAGUAGGUAAUAUUUUCUAGAAAUGGUGAGCAGUCCAGUGUGCCUAGAGUACAGAAGGAUAGGAUAGGCGAUGUCAUACAUGCUCUUGAAUGUCAGGUGAAGGGGUUAGACUUAAUUCAGUGGGUGAUGGGAAUCCGUUGAAGAUUCUUAACACUGGCACACAUAAGUCUAUGAGUUUUUUGAAAAGGUAACUGUGGCAGAAUGUGAGGGUUGAAUUGAUGAAGUUGGAGAUUGGGCCGUACUAAUACCUAACAAAGGAUGACAUUUAUGGUUAUAUGUCAGGUAUGAGGUGAAGAGUUUUAUCUGCAGUUUCUCAUUUAAUCCUCACUAUAAGAGUGCUGUGAGAAGUAACAAAUAAUGCAUGUUAACCAUUUUAGCACAGGACCUGGCCUGUAGUAAGUGCUGAGCCAGAAUGAUUAUACUACAAGUUCAGAGAAAACAGUAUGCCUUGUCCACCUUUGUGUAUGAUAAUUUUCUCUAAGGGUAUUGUGUUCAGGGGGACUCCUAAGCUUAAGAUAUUAACCAUAAACUUACUUCUUUUUCUACUACCCCCUACCUCUUCCUUAUAAACACACCACUUGGUUGCUUACUCAGCUUGAGGGCUUGUGUAUUAAUUCACCUUGAGUUAGCCUUUGGAUGAAAAAAGUUAACUGGCUUUUUUGUUUUGACAGUGGAUUAUACGUAAACCCAUAGGGAAAAUUUUAACUAGAAUGUAACUGUGAGUCACAGCUUUUAAAUAUCCUUAUAAUUGAUAAUUGCUGCAGCUGUUAGUUAUGGAUCAGUAACAGUUUCAGUGUAAAUAAGAUAGACUUUGAGUUAUUUGAAAGUACCUGUGGUUGGGUAAGUAUAAUUCUAUUCUUAUUCUCCUAUCCACAUAUCACAAUGCAAGUCAUGUUAUGGGGAAAUACGUAGGGCAUAAUUUUAUAAGGAAAACAUAAAUUCCGCUCAAAUUACCUUUCACUUGUUUAUGCUUAAUUAUACAAGUCGUAUAUGAAAAUUCUUAUGAAAAAAUUAACACUUUAUGAAAAUGGCUAAAUCUCCUUUGACCACACUCUGUCCAUGGGUCCCUCUACCAAACCCCCACCCCAGAUAAUCACUAGUAUGUAUACUUUCAGAACUUUUGCUUUGCAUUCAUACAGACAUACCUGUUUAAAAUAAAUCAUGGUCUGGUUUUUUGUUUGUUGGUUUUCUUACACAAAAGGUGUUAUAUGUGGAUUCUGCAUCUUGCUUUUUUCAGUCAGUAAUAUUUGAUAUCAAACAAUAUCAUUAAUGUCACACGUGUGUAAAAUUUUGCUGAAAAUAAUUCAAAAAUGGUUGCAGCAGUACAUCGACAGGCAACUGCCAGAAAUUCAGGCGAGAUUCAGAAGAAGAUGUCGAGCAAAGGAUAUCAUUGCUGAUGCCAGAUGGAUCUUGGCUAAAAGCAGAGAAUACCUGUGCUUUACUACCUAUGCAAAGGCAUCAACUGUGUGGAUCAUAACAAAUUAUGGAUAACAUUGCAAAGAAUGGGAAUUCCAGAACACUGAAUUGUGCUCAUGAAGAUUCUAUAUGUAGACCAAGAGGCAGUGGUUCACAUAGAACAAGGGAAUACUGUGUGGUUUAAACUCAGGAAAGGUGUAUGUCAGGGUUGUACACUUUCACCAUACUUAGUGUAUAUGCUGAGCAAAUAAUCCGAGAAGCUGGACUAUCUGAAGAAGAAUGUGGCAUCAGGAUUGGAGGAUAUGCAGAUAACACAACCUUGCUUGCUGAAAGCAGAGAGAACUUGAAGUGCUUACUGAUGAAGAUCAAAGACUACAACUUUCAGUAUGAAUUACACCUUAACAUAAAGAAAACAAAAAUCCUCACAACUGUGCCAAUAAGCAACGUCAUGAUAAACAGAGAAAAGAUUGAACUUGUCAAGGAUUUCAUUUUACUUGGAUCCACAGUCAAUGCCCAUGGAAGCAGCAGUCAAGAAAUCAAAUGAUGCGUUGCAUUGGGCAAAUCUGCUGCAAAAGACCUCUUUAAAGUGUUUGAAAGUGAAAUGUCUCUUUGAGGCCUAAGGUGCACCUGGCCCCAGCCACAAUAUUUUCAGUGACCUUAUAUGCAUGCAAAAGCUGGACAUUGAAUAAAGAAGACUGAAGAAGAAUUGAUGUCUUUGAAUUACGGUGUUGACAAAGAAUAUUGAAUAUACGACUGCCAGGAGAAUGAACAAAUCUGUCUUGGAAGAAGUACAGCCAGAAUGCUCCUUAGAAGGGAGGAUGACGAGACUUCGUCUCACAUACCUCAGAUAUGUUAUCAGGAGGGACCAGUCCCUGGAGAAGAAAGGACAUCACGCUUGGUAAAGUUAGAGGGUUAGCGAAAGAGAGGAGACCUUCAGUGACAUAAACUGACUCGGUGGCUGCAACAGUGGGCUCAAACAUAGCAACGAUUGUGAGGAUGGUGUAGGAUGUUUUGCUCAGUUGUGCAUAGGAUCGCUGUGAGUUGGAAUCGACUUGAUGGCACCCAGCCAGAACUCAGUUGCAUUUAUGUGUUGCUGUGUUUGGCUUCCCCUACUAAAAUGUAAAUUUCCUGACCAUAGGUAUCUGUGUUUUUAUUUUAGUAUUUUCAGCAUUCAUUCUAGCAUAGUACAAGUAGUAGGCAAUCAGUAACUUUAAUGAGUAAGCAAAAAACAAUGACAACAAAACAUAUAGUACUAUAGUGAAACCAGUCCAAAUGGAUGCAUAUAAUUUUUAAAUGGCUGAUUUGACUGAUUAUUAGUAACUAAAGGUUAUAAGAAAAUAAAUAAUAUCCAUUUAUACUGCCUAACUCAUAAACUUCAUUGCACACCCAGUGGCAACACAUCACACACACAGACACCCCAGGUGGCCAGCCGUCCACUGUGGGGAGAAGUCAGCUGAGGACCAUGAAGUUAGAAAGUGGGCAGAGUUAGAUGAGAUGAACAGGAAAAAACAUGGAGCCAAAUAAGGAAUUGAAACUGCAUGGGAAUUAGUUGGUGAACCUUCUCAUACCUUUCUCAACCCUUAUAUUAAGAUGCCAUUUUAAAUUAAUGUGUUAACCAAAUAAUUUUUACCCUUCAUUGAGUUAGUUGUUUAUUAUGAAUGUUUAUAGCCAAUGUAGCGGAAACUGGUUCUCUGAAGCAGUUUCUUUUUUCUUCUGUUUCCCUUUCACCCAUAAAUAGGAACUUACUAUCCUACUUAGCUUCUGUUUUCUUUUAAAGAUGAUAAUUAUACAUAGGAUGGAUUAUCCAAAAUUGUCAGUGAAAAAAACUCUGAAAGGUAACUUUCCAUCUUAAAGUCUUCAUGUAUCAGAAAAUAAUGAAGUGAAUUGGAAAAUACACACAAGGUUUGUUGUUGUUAGUUGCUGUCAAGUCAGGUCCGACUCACACAAGGUAGUCAGUUACAUAAUAUGUUUUGAUGAAGUAUAACCAUUCUAUCUCAGAUUUACUACGCUUUUCUUGAUCCUUAGAAAAUGGUAGCGCUCACCACAAAACCACGACACUGUACGUAAAUUGCCAAGUGCAGCUGACUUGCACAUUCCUUUUAGAAGAACUUAUAACUGGUUUAACUUCGAAAUUUUCGUUAAGGCCAAAACAUUUCAAAACUUGGUUUAACUUUAAAAAAUUACAGCGUUAUUCAGCCGCUGUUACUGCAUAUCAAUGUUCCUUUCUGUGGUGAAGAUAUUAUUGAAGAACAACUCACUGCAUAUUCUGCUAGUAUCAGCCAUUCCACAGAUGAGCUACACAUUAUAAUUGGUGUUAAAGAAAACUGUCGGUAUCAUAUGGACAACCAAGUAGAUAAGUUGAAACAUUCUGCCUUCCCGUUGGGCAUCCUGAGGAGAAAAUGCUUGGACAGAAGAGAUGAGUACUAUUUCCACUAAGGCCUAGAAUUGCCUACCGUACAAUAGUUCUGAUCAGGCAAUAUACGAAUGGCCCAAGGAAGCCACCAAAUUGAUUUUCAGGUUUUGCAUGACCUGCGACAAAAAUUCCCUGAAGUACCUGAAGUUGUUGUAUCCAGGUGCAUGUUACAGAAUAAUAAUAACCUGGAUGCCUGCUGUGCAGUUCUCUCUCAGGAGAGUACAAGGUAUCUUUAUGGUGAAGGAGACUUGAAUUUUUCGGAUGAUUCUGGAAUUUCUGGUCUACGCAAUCACAUGACUUCUCUCAACUUGGACUUGCAGUCACAGAACGUUUACCACCAUGGAAGAGAAGGAAAUAGAAUGAAUGGAAGUAGGACUCUAACGCACAGCAUCAGUGAUGGACAACUUCAAGGUGGUCAGUCCAAUAAUGAACUCUUUCAGCAGGAGCCACAGACAGCACCAGCUCAAGUUCCUCAAGGUUUUAAUGUUUUUGGAAUGUCCAGUGCAUCUGGUGCUUCAAAUUCAGCACCACAUCUUGGAUUUCACUUAGGCAGCAAAGGAACAUCUAACCUUUCUCAACAGACCCCCAGAUUUAAUCCCAUUAUGGUAACUUUAGCCCCAAAUAUCCAGACUGGUCGUAACACUCCUACAUCUUUGCACAUACAUGGUGUACCUCCACCUGUACUUAAUAGUCCACAGGGAAAUUCUAUCUAUAUUAGGCCUUACAUUACAACUCCUAGUGGUACAGCUCGGCAGACACAACAGCAUUCUGGCUGGGUAUCUCAGUUUAAUCCCAUGAACCCUCAACAAGUCUAUCAACCUUCACAACCUGGUCCCUGGACUACUUACCCUACGUCUAAUCCUCUGUCACAUACCUCAGCCCAACAGCCAAAUCAGCAAGGCCACCAGACCUCUCACGUCUACAUGCCCAUCAGUUCACCUACUACGCCACAGCCACCAACGAUUCAUUCAUCUGGUAGCUCUCAGUCUUCAGCCCACAGCCAAUACAACAUUCAGAAUAUUUCAACAGGACCUCGAAAAAACCAGAUUGAAAUCAAACUUGAACCCCCACAAAGAAACAGUUCUUCAAAACUGCGUUCCUCUGGACCUCGAACCUCCAGCAGUUCCUCUUCGGUCAACAGCCAGACCUUAAAUCGAAAUCAGCCCACUGUUUACAUAGCUGCCAGCCCCCCAAAUACCGAUGAGGUGAUGUCCCGUAGUCAGCCCAAGGUCUAUAUUUCAGCCAAUGCUGCCGCAGGAGAUGAGCAGGGCAUGCGGAAUCAGCCCACCCUCUUCAUAUCCACAAACUCUGGAGCAUCUGCUGCCUCCAGGAAUAUGUCUGGGCAAGUGAGCAUGGGUCCUGCCUUUAUUCAUCACCACCCUCCCAAAAGUCGGGCAGUAGGCAGUAACUCUGCAGCUUCUCCUCGAGUGGUAGUUACUCAACCCAAUACAAAAUACACUUUCAAAAUUACCGUUUCUCCCAAUAAGCCCCCUGCAGUUUCACCAGGGGUGGUGUCCCCUACCUUUGAACUUACAAAUCUUCUAAACCAUCCUGAUCAUUAUGUAGAAACAGAGAACAUUCAGCACCUCGCGGACCCUGCUUUAGCACAUGUGGAUAGAAUGAGUGAAGCACGGAAACUGAGUAUGGGAUCUGAUGAUGCUGCCUACACACAAGCUUUAUUGGUACACCAGAAGGCCAGGAUGGAACGACUUCAAAGAGAGCUGGAGAUUCAAAAGAAAAAGCUGGAUAAACUAAAAUCUGAGGUCAAUGAAAUGGAAAAUAAUCUAACUCGGAGGCGCCUGAAAAGAUCGAAUUCCAUAUCCCAGAUACCUUCACUUGAAGAAAUGCAGCAGUUGAGAAGCUGUAAUAGACAACUGCAAAUUGACAUUGACUGCCUGACCAAAGAAAUUGAUCUUUUUCAAGCCCGAGGACCACAUUUUAAUCCCAGCGCCAUUCAUAACUUUUAUGACAAUAUUGGAUUUGUAGGUCCUGUGCCACCAAAACCCAAAGAUCCACGGUCCACCAUCAAAACACCAAAGAAUCAAGACACAGAAGAUGACGAGGGAGCGCAGUGGAAUUGCACUGCCUGUACCUUUUUGAACCAUCCAGCCUUAAUCCGUUGUGAACAGUGUGAGAUGCCAAGGCAUUUCUGAGCCAAAAGGCCCUAUACCUUUUCUAAAUCCACAUCUAAGGUUCAAGAAUCUAGUCCGUCAGCGGGGAAAAAGUUUCACUGCUACAUAGGGUUUUGUCAAAUUGAAGGUGUGACAAGAUGGUGUUGUGCUAAGGUUAAAUGUCAGCCCACAGAGCUAAUAAUACCUCAGUAGAAUGUCACAGGCAGUGAAAUCCACCACAUGAAAGGUCAUCUGCUGAAAGACUUGGUUGCCCACUGCCUGACCGUGGACAGUGUUACCAGUAUCCCAUCAUGGAUAACUCUCAGUAUAUUAAUGCUUGGGUGUUCCCAGUGCCUCUUCCCCCUCAUGUCACUACUGAAUUUUGACAGGAGGAAGGAAUAGAAUGAUGGCUUUCUUUCUUUUUAAAGCUUUUGGUGAAACACUACAUACGUGAGGAAAAGGAACAAGGUUUAACUGUUAAAACUGUUUGCUGCCACAUAGUGCCAACGGAUAGGGGAAGGACUUCACACAUCUGUGGUACUCUUGGCCUUGUCUUUGUCUUCCCUGAAAACGUCUUCACUUUGUGAAGCCAGCGUCUAAGGUCUAAAGAUGAAAAACAGAGCAGCACGCAUUGUCUGUACAAACGCCCAGUGAAACACCCCAGAGCCGCCUUACUGUACAGAUCUCUCGAGUCUGCUUUAAGUGAUUUCUUUGCUCCUUUAUUAUUUUCUUAUAUUUCUAUAUGUAUAGUGUAAUAGUCUUUUGUUAACUAAUUUUCUUUUUUCCUUUUAGUGAUUAAGCACGAUCAUGUCCCUUUUUACGCCUUACCUGAGAGAAGCAAUGCCUUAAAAUAAAAAAAGCAUUAAUGAAAUGAAACUAUGCACAAAACCCCUUUCCUCUUCUUCUUGUGUACCGGCCCUCACACGAGCCAGGGUUCUGUGAAGACAUGCAGAUGCUGCACAGUGGAUCGCAGAAAGUAGUAAAGAAUCGUGCCUCUAGGUCACACUCACACCGACUUCAAUGGUGGCUGACACAAUACAGUGCUUUGUCUUCCGCAGGGAAGCUUAAAACAGAACAUAUGUUUAACCCACGGACAGAGCAGCAAGGCGGAGCUGGCUUCAUCUGCCUGGUGUCCUGCAGAACUUUCACAAGAGAUGACGAUUGGGGAAGUACAGUUUCCAAACCAGCCACAGCAGCAGUCCCCACAGCCCUUCUUAUGGAGAGUUUAAAUGCUUUACUGUUCUGACAGUCGGCUUCUAAACCUGACUUGGUGGCAGUAUCAUAUGUAUUUAUAAAACAAGGCUAGCCAUAUUUAGGACAACUGAAGAAGAGCUGGAAAAGAGAAAAACAAGCAAACUUGAACACUGAAGCAACCUCAAGCAUCUCUGUAUUUUGAUGAUAUAUUUUUAUAAGGAAAAUAAAUAUUCAGAGGAUCAGGAAUGUAUAUAACAAAAUGAAAUCAAAAAGAAGUAACAGUAUGCAUUUAAUAAAAGACAGAAUUAUGAAAUUAUAUCAGUGCUUAGAAAUGGGGCUAAGGGAAGUGCUGAAGUGUAAACUGUCACCCACUGUACAUGUUUGCAAGUGGAUGCUUUUAAAUAAACAGGAUUAUUACAGGGGAGGUAGAUGAAUGCCGAAGCCUUGACUUCCAGGCUUUGCACUUCUGUAUAUGGAGAGAAAUACGACAAUCCUAGUUCAUUAGACAAUAGACCCAAAGCCCUUGCAUUUGAUGCAUUUUGUUUUAAACAUAGGCCUUGUUUUUCAGCUUCAUCUGCAGUUCUAUGUGAAGAUUGAUAAAUCAGUUUUUACUUGUUUUAUUAAUAAAACGUAAUUUGGAUAUCUUGA